UGGCAGCAGGUGAGGUCAAAUGCAGAGGAAAAGAGCGGAAGAGCCUUGCUGACAGGUGGAAAAUAUUUAGUUUUGGGCUGAAAAGGAGCAAAUGGACGAGGAUAAAACGGCACUGACAGACAGCCUCAUUAUAUGGCUGCAGACCUUCAACACUCCUGCACCCUGCAGAACAGUGGGGGAGCUGACCACUGGAGCGGCAAUAUCACAAGCACUGCAUCAAAUAGACCCGACUUGGUUCACUGAUGGAUGGCUUGCUCGUAUCAAAACAGAUGUUGAGGAUAACUGGAGACUAAAGAUGAACAACCUGAAGAAGAUCCUUCAGAUGGUGGUUGAUUAUUAUAAUGAGGUCUUAGCACAGGAAAUCUCAGGCUUCCCCUUGCCAGAUCUGGCCCGGGCUGCAGAGCAUUCAGACCCUGUGGAGCUGGGAAGGCUACUGCAGCUCAUAUUGGGCUGUGCUGUUAAAUGUGAGCGUAAACAAGAAUACAUUCAGAUCAUCAUGACCUUGGAGGAGUCUGUGCAGCAUGUUGUCAUGACAGCCAUCCAGGAGCUCAUGAGUAAAGAGACUAUGGCCCCGUUUGGAGCAGAACUGUCGGGAGACUUGGAACAGCAGCUGAAAAAAGCCCUAGAGGACCUCUCUGAACUUCUGACAGAGAAAGAAACGUUAGCCCAACGCUGUCAAGAGCUGGACAUACAGGUGGCUCUUCUUCAAGAGGAACGGAACAGCUUGUUGGCUGAGAAUGACGUCCUAACAGACCGAGCUAGUCAGCUGGACACGUUCGACGACCCAAGCACACCCUCAGGGAGAAAACACAGCCUGUUGCAGCAACAGUUAGAGGCACUGCAGGAGGAGAACUUCAGGCUGGAGGCCGCUAAGGAUGACUACCGGAUCCACUGUGAAGAAUUGGAGAAGCAGCUGAUUGAGGUUCAGCACCGCAAUGACGAGCUCACCAGCCUGGCAGAAGAAUCUCGAGCUCUCAAAGAUGAACUGGAUGUUUUGAGGAACUGCUCAGAUCGGGUGGUGAUGCUGGAGGCGUCAGUGGAAACAUACAAACGUAAACUGGAGAAUCUGGGCGACCUGAAGAGGCAGAUGAAGCUGCUGGAGGAGAAUAACAUGACCUACAUGCACAACACUGUUAGCUUGGAGGAAGAGCUGCGCAAGGCCAACGCUGCCCGUGCACAGCUGGAAACAUACAAGAGACAGGUCCAGGAGCUACACAGGAAGUUGACUGAGGAGACAAGGCGAGCAGACAACUUGGCCUUUGAGAUGAAGAAGUUAGAAGAAAAGCAUGAGACUGUGAUGAAGGAGAAAGAGAGGAUCAUCAUGGAGAGAGACUCUCUGAAGGAGAUAAACGAGGAGCUGAGAUGCACGCAGGCCCAACAGCACCAGCUUUCCCAAGCAGGGAUGCUUCCCUCUGGCAGCCCCAGCCAUGAUAACCUGGCAGCUGAACUGAUGCCCAUUGAGUACAGAGAAAAGUUCAUGAGGCUGCAGCAUGAGAACAAGAUGCUGAGAGUACAGCAGGAGGAAAGUGAAAGGGAGAAAAUCGCUGCACUGCAGGCCCAGCUGGAGGAAGCACACAAGACACGCAGCGAACUGGACACUGAGAACAGACUGAGUCGAGAGCGGAUCAGUGAGCUGCAGCAGCAGAUCGAGGACCUCCAGAAGGCUCUGCAGAGUCAGGCGACCAAACCUGAUGAUUCAAACCUGAAGCGGAAACUUGAUGCGCACAUGGUUCAGCUGAACGAGGCCCAGGAUGAAAUCAUGAAGAAGAAAGAGCUGCUGGAGGACCUUCAGCCAGAUAACACUCAGACUUCCUUGAAGCUGGAUGAGCUGAUGGCCGCUCUGAAGAAAAAGGAUGAUGACAUGAGGGCCAUGGAAGAGAGGUACAAAAUGUACCUGGAGAAAGCUCGCAAUGUUAUCCGAGCACUGGAUCCUAAGCUAAAUCCAGCCACUGCUGAGAUCCAGGCUUUGAGGAACCAGUUAGCAGAUCGGGACAAGCAAAUCCUCAACCUCGAGCGUCAAUGUGAGCAGGCCAGACUGAGAGAGUAUGAGGAGAAGCUGAUUGUUACAGCCUGGUAUAACAAGAGUCUGAACUUUCAAAAGUUGGCGAUUGAAUCACGUCUUGGUGGCUGCACCUCCUCCAUGGUGUCACCUGCCAAGUCCUUCUUGUCCCAGCAGCGGCAAGUCUCGAACGCCCCGCGCAGAGCGCUUUCCGUCAGCGUACCUGCCACUACCUCCAAGACCUAGACCUUGUCAUAGAGCCAAAUGUCUCACCUUUAUUCAGAAAUACCCUUCCUCACUCCCUCCAGUCAGUGAGCACUCAAGUGACCUUAAACACAUCUGAUCUCAGUGCUUUGCGGGGAGGGAUCAUGAAUGAGCUGACUGGGAUCAGCGAAUACUUCUUUAUCAAUCACACCCCUCUACGUCACCCACCUGAGGUUAUAGCAUACGGUCAGGUAAUACACUGGCUACAGGCUCAGCUUUGCAUAGAACAUGAGCCCACACCUCGCACAUCUCACCAGCUAAAGUGGUGCACCCUGCCCCAACCUUAGACCUAGAGCAUAUUUCUCAUUCACCCUGUUUGCUUUACCAACUGCAUACUCUGCUGAAUACUUACUAUAAUCAUUUCAGCCUUCACUUUCUGAUAUUCUGUUAUGCUAUGUACCUAAUCAGGACUGAGUGAAACGUGAAUGAAUGCAUAAUUAUUUUAUUAAGAAUUGUAGUUUGUUCUAUAUAUGAAUGUGAUUUUAGAAAGGCUUACUAGAAUGCUGACACCAACUAAAUGUAACUUCAGGUGAUUGUUGAUAUGAAAAACUGUACACUAUGCAGUUAAGAGGGGUACUAAUCUCUUUAAGAAAAUGAUUGCUAUAUUUGGUGCUGGCCACCAACUGCUUUUAAGUAUGGAGCGUCAGUCAUUUACAAUGUUUUGUUUGGGUUUUUUUUUUAACUAAACCGGAACAAGCCCAUAUGUAUGUCAAGCUGUGAAAAUCCUCUAAAUGAUAUUAAGUAAAAUCAAUCUCUGAGGUGCUGCACCAACAAAUCAUACAUAAAUGAUCCAGGACUAGUGUAUUUAUCAUGUAUUUUCUAUACUCUGUAAGUGUGAUUUGACUUCGUGACUGGCAGCAUGUUCUAAAUGGGAACUGGCAGGACUUUCUAUUUACUGAAGAUCUUGAAACUUAUGUAAUAGUGAGUAAUCAAGUCUACAAUCUAUUAAGUUUACAGCCGUAACGUAAACAUGAUUUUAACACCAGCUUCUGACCCAAACGGCAGAACCAGGUUAAGCUUUUUUACAGUAUCUGCAAAUUGUAACUUGAGAAUUUAAAUUACUGUUGUCAAUAUUGUAUUUAAUUGCAGACUCAUUUCAGACUGCUUUAGUGUCGGUGGGAGUUCAGAGUGAAGAGCUGUAGAAAAGCAGCCGUUUGCUUUAAUAUUAUGGGUUGUUAGCUGUACAGCCUUAUGGAGUCUUAAGUUAAACUGCACUAGUUUCACAACAGGAAAUGGCUUGACUAACUACUUUUUAUGUUUGCAGAAACACUCAAGAGGCAAUUUGUUAUGGUUUUGCCAUCUGUGAUUGGUAGAUGUAUGUCAAAGCGCUUUUAUUUUUCUUUGCAGUGGAUGAUUCUUGUGGUUUGCUGAUUUAAUAGCUGUGUCAUUUAUAUGAAAACAAGAAGUGCGAUCAAACGUAGCACAGCACAGACUAAGUGUGUAGUGUUAUAAUCUUUGUGUAUACAUGAAGAGAAGUGAUGAAGGCAUUAGGAAUUUUUAGGGAUUUAAGGAGGUAAACAUUUUAAAUUCUGGUUUUCUUGUGAAUAAAUAAAUAAAUUCUUUUUCUAC